AUGGUUCCAAAUUUGUGGGUUGGUUCUGAAGUACAUUCUCCGUACGUAAUAACAUCCUUCGUCUAUAAAACCUGUAUUCUAUCAGGCGAUAGCCACAGUACUGUGUGCCACUCUCCGUACAACAACAAGAAGAAGUAUGUAUAUGUCAGAUAGAGUUUGAAACUUCAGCAAAAUUGCUCGCGAUUGAUAUAGAAACCGAACCUCUGUAUAAAAUCCUUAUCAUAAGACUGCUAGAACUUGUAUAGACUCGCAAUGGGAGCCAGUCGGAAGCUUCAGGGAGAAAUUGAUCGAGUGUUGAAGAAGGUUCAGGAGGGAGUCGAUCUCUUCGACAGCAUUUGGAACAAGGUCUACGAUACUGACAAUGCCAACCAGAAGGAGAAGUUUGAGGCGGAUUUGAAGAAGGAGAUUAAGAAGCUCCAGAGGUACAGGGACCAAAUUAAGACAUGGAUUCAGUCAAGCGAAAUUAAGGAUAAGAAGGUAAGUGCUUCUUAUGAGCAGGCAUUAAUGGAUGCUCGCAAGCUCAUUGAGCGUGAAAUGGAAAGAUUUAAAAUAUGCGAGAAAGAAACAAAGACCAAGGCGUUUUCCAAGGAAGGGUUGGGCCAACAACCAAAGACGGACCCGAAGGAAAAGGCUAAAUCAGAGACUAGAGAUUGGUUGAACAAUGUGGUUAGUGAGCUUGAAAACCAAAUUGAUAGCUUUGAAGCUGAAUUGGAGGGACUUACUGUUAAAAAAGGGAAAUCAAAGCCCCCGAGAUUGACUCAUUUGGAGACAUCAAUUACUCGGCACAGGGCACAUAUAAUGAAGUUAGAGUUGAUUUUAAGGUUACUGGAUAAUGAUGAAUUGAGUCCAGAGCAAGUCAAUGAUGUCAAAGAUUUCCUGGAUGACUAUGUGGAACGCAAUCAGGAUGACUUUGAUGAGUUUAGUGAUGUUGACGAGCUUUAUAGCUCUCUACCUUUGGAUAAGGUGGAGGCUCUUGAAGAUCUAGUCACCAUUGGUGCCACUGGUCUUGUCAAGGGUGUUAGUGCUGUAGUUAGCACAAAAGUUUCUAUUGCCGCAACACCUUCUCUUCCGUCAGUAACAAUAGCACCUACUCCUCUGCUAAGCGGUCCCUCCCAAGAGCAAACAGAUGAAAUAGGUUACCAAGAGAGUAGUACCUCUGAUGCAGUUGCUAGAGUCCCACCUCUUAAAAGUGGUGCAAUUUCUUCUCCAGUUCCAGCAACACCUGUUGGGCCCCGUGCAAUCCCUGUUACUGCUGUUGCUUCAUCUCCUAUGAAUGUGCCAAGUGCUAUAAAAGCUGAGGAGAUUACUGGAUUCCCUGGUCGGAAAGCAUCUCCACCACACACUGAAUCUGGAUUAAGGGACAUUGAUAGAAAUGGCCUCUCUAGUCAACCUGCAACCAGCAUUUCACUUGGUUCUAUUAAUUCACUAUCUAACAAUGGAGCUAUAGGUGCUACUUCUGUUUCAGAAGUAACAAAGAGACAUGGUUUUGGUUAUGAUGAAAGACUUGGGAGUACUGGCACGGGGCAGCCUCUUGUGUCCCCUUUGGUCAACCGACCGAACAUGCCACAAGCUGCUAAGUCUAGUGAGGGAAUGGACACUAGUGAAAGUGGUCAUGCUGGUGAGUCCAAUGUUGUGGGUGGGAGGGUUUUCUCUCCUGUUGUGCCUGGAAUGCAGUGGAGGCCUGGAAGUUCCUUUCAGAAUCAGAAUGAAGUGGGACAGUUUCGUGGGAGAACUGAAAUUGCUCCUGACCAGAGGGAGAAAUUUUUACAACGGUUUCAGCAAGUGCAACAACAGGGUCAGAGUAAUAUUCUUGGAAACCACAAACAGUUUUAUGCACAGCAUCAGAAUCCACUUCUCCCUCAGUUUAAUUCUCAAGGCUCCUCUGUGACUCCUCAACUUGGAUUGGGAACAGGGCCCCCUGCUGCUUCCCUUAAUAAUGUUACUUCAUCUGGACUAUCGCAGCAGCAAUCAGACGUUGGGAGGCACUCAAAGGUUGAAGAGUUGCAACAACAACAGAUCCUGUCUGAAGAUGUUUUGACAGAUUCUGCUCCUUCUCCUGCACCUUCCCCGAGCCUUGUAAAGAAUCUCAUAAAUGAGGAUGAUUUUAAGGCUUAUGCAUUUGAUACGCCCGGUGGAGUGGGCAGCUCUGUUGCAGAGCAACCUCAGAAGCUUCCAAGGGAUAUUGUUGAUUUAUCUCCUGGGCAGCCAUUACAAUCAAAUCAGCCCUCAGGUGGUAGCCUUGGAGUUAUCGGUCGAAGAAGUGCAGCUGAUCUUGGUGCAAUUGGUGACAACUUGACCUCACCACCCGCAAAUCCUGGAGGAGCGCAUGACCUGUUAUACAACUUACAAAUGCUCGAGUCUGCUUAUUACAAACUCCCUCAGCCAAAAGAUUCUGAGCGUGCUAAAAGCUAUACACCUAGGCAUCAUGCGGUGACCCCUUCAAGCUACCCUCAAGUGCAGGCACCAAUUGUUAAUAAUUCCUCAUUUUGGGAACGACUAGGAGCUGACAACUAUGGGACUGACACUUUAUUCUUUGCAUUCUACUACCAACAGAACACAUAUCAACAAUACUUGGCAGCAAAGGAGCUGAAAAAGCAAUCUUGGAGAUACCACAGAAAGUACAACACAUGGUUUCAGCGGCACGAGGAGCCUAAGAUUGCCACAGAUGAUUAUGAACAAGGGACAUAUGUUUAUUUUGAUUUCCAUAUCGCCAAUGAUGAACAUGGCUGGUGUCAGAGGAUCAAGAAUGACUUUACAUUCGAGUACAAUCACCUCGAAGAUGAUCUAGUUGCUUAGGAUUGUUCUAUGUAAUGUAUCUUCAUUAGGCUAUGGUUUGUAAUCUCCCAAUUUCUCCAUGGCAUCUAAUACCUCAUUGAAAAAGCUUAUCAUUCAUGCAUCUGCAUUCUCACAAUUCUAAUGAUACCAAGAGGUGGGUUCUGUAAAAAUGCUUCACCUUUGACCGAAAUCCGAACAAAAUCCUAGUAUAUUUUGUUAGGUUCGGUCUUUGCAGUUCAUUACAUAGAACUGCAGCUGUGUGGUUUGGUUUGUUCUGGUUCAUUUUCUAGGUAUUUAUUGAUUUAACAAGGUGAUUAAAACACCUUAAUAAUCGUUUAA